AUGACCGGCGGUCCGCAUCAUUACUUGCCUUUCUUAGUAAAUCGUAGCCCAAUAGAUCUACGCUUGAUCCAUGGGCUCUCCUCUGUCUUGUUUGAAUUCUUGAUACGCCUAAAGCAAAUUGGGAGUCCUGGACUACCUUUGAGUACUCGUCCUCCCACACCUAAAGCAAGCACCAAUAGAUACGGGAAAAUACCUCCAGUAGCUCCACACGGCAUAGCGUUCUUCGGUAAUGCUUUGCAAUUGUUUCUAAACCCUGUAGGGUUCACUCGAACCGCUGCAGUGAGAUGGAACAAACAGUCUCCGUACAUGGUCAAGUUACCUUUCACACGACUGUUCUUUUUCCAUGGCGCAAAGAAUAUUACAGCCAUCUUCAAAGAGCCUGCCUUUAUGAACGCAGUCUUCAUACAUACCACUCUGCUCAAACAGCUCUUUGGCAUGUCUUCUCAAUCGGUACAAAUGUACAUUGCCGACAAUUCAGGACCAUAUGCGAAGGCGGAAGCCAACAGUAACGUCAAGCCUCAAAACCGAAUCGAGUACCUCACUCAUGAGAACUUGGUCAAGGGUCUUACAGGACCCGGUCUGGAUCCUGCUUUCGAUAGAUUCACAAAGCUAUUCGAUAAACAGCUUGCUCAUCUAAGUGUAACGACAGAAUGGUUAGAGUAUCAUGACGUGUUUCAAUUCAUUCAGGACACUGUUGGGCCGGCUUUAUUGGAGAGCAUAUUUGGUCCAACACUGUUGUCCGCGAACCCGAACAUGAUCCGCGAUCUUAGCGACUUCGACAGCUCAGCGAGAACUCUGACGCUCCUCAAAGGACUACCUUCGAUACCAAUCUUCUCUGCAUAUAGAGCUCGUGAUAAGAUAUUGGAAAACGUGAAGCGCUGGCACAGACAGGCGCGGCGAAUGUUCUCAGAACGAUGUAUUGACCCCGAUGGAAACGGAGAUCCAUACUGGGGUUGUGAGAUGAUCAGAGAACGGCAGAAGAUCCUUCUUGGGGUGGAAAAUCUGGAUCAUGACUCAGUGGCUUCUGCUGAUCUCGGCCUCAUGUUUGCGGCUUUCACGACUAUGAUACCGACAGCUACGAUGAGCUUCAUACAUACCUAUAGUGACCCAAACCUGACGUCGCAAUUGCGUCAAGAACUCGAAUAUCGGUCUAAUGGCACAUCGUUUGACAUAAAGAAUCUCGAAAAGAGUCCGCGUCUCCGAUCGCUAUUCUCCGAAGUCCUUCGAACUUAUCUUGCGACUUUCAUUACGCGUUGUGCUCCUGAUCGCGAUCUACAUGUGUAUGAAUGGAUAUUACCAAAAAGAAGUGUGAUGAUACUCAAUACAUAUGUAUCGCAUCAUGAUUCUGCUUCUUCUGUAUGGAACACCAAAGGUGGUCAGCAUCCACUUGACGAAUUCUGGGCCGAAAGAUUUCUUGUAUGGCCUGACGACGAUGCCACGGGACCUUGUAAAGACCAGUCUACAGACUUUAUCACAUCUGCUACCAAGCGAGCAGAGCCCAUCUACUCAAUCAACGGUCUUAAAGGAUCUUUCUUGCCAUUUGGAGGAGGUAUCAGGAUGUGCCCCGGAAGACACUUGGCUCACCGCAUGAACCUAUGGAUAACCGCGACUCUACUGAGUCGUUACGAGAUCGAGAUUGUGACUCCUGAAAAGCACAUAGAGCUGGACUGGUCGGUUUAUGGACUUGGCAUUCUUCGUCCAAAAAAUCCAACGCCGUUCCGUAUUCGAAGGAAGACUUGA